AUGGCCGCUGCUAUCGCCAAGAGGGGCUCCCCUCGAAUAGGGCGCCCAGUAUCCCGGACCAAUUCUCCCCUCGACAUCAAACAUGAGAAUCUCCCGGAGCCAUCAUCAGAGAAGAGAGACGCCAAACCCCUCAUUAAUGGGGAUGGUUCCCAGCCGUUCCCGGGCUCUCGCCGCCCUGGCCAACCGGAAACCGAGGAUUAUUUUUCUACUAUUCAUAACACAUCUCAUUUCUCUUUGGAACCAAAUCCCUUCGAUCAGUCUUUUGGCUGUACAUCGGCUGAGACUCCAGGAAAGUCUCUGCUACCUCCCGUCGCUGCACUUACCUCUCCCUCUCUGCCGGGCUCGAGCGCUGCAGGUACCUUCCCCUGGGGUGGUUCUCUCAGGUCCGGGCCCCUAAGCCCAGCAAUGCUUACCGGCCCAUCUGGCUCCAGCGACUUUCUCGAAACCAUUGGCCGAGGCUUCCCAACUCCCAAUGAAUCAUCCCUUCGCACAGGACUCACCCCCGGCGGCGGAGGCUCUAUGUUCCCUGCCCCAAGUCCUGGCAGUACAUCCAUUCUCCAACAACUCCAGAGCGGAGGAAAUACCCCUUCGACAUUGGAAUUUCAUCGCACCGCUAUUACUGCGGCAAGGAAAAAUGGCGCUCCCACCUCAAAUCCUCAAGACACAGAGCUUCUCCAGCAUGCAGCGGGCAUGGACAUAACAAAGUCUGGCCCUCCCCUAGACUUUACCCAUCCUGACGCGACUGAUGCUGCUAAUGGUCUUUAUAUGCUCGCCAAGGGAGGCCAAGCUGACAAUGGACAAUUCCCACAAUCUGGGACCACUGAUGGGAGAAACUCCUUCUCACGAAACACCACCCCCAUGAACGGGGGCCUUGGGAUCAUUGGAGGCGAUAUGGCUGACCCAAAUCUUGGAGAUUAUUCCGAUGGCACUGUUGACCAGGGAAGAGUCAAUCGCAAUAAAUCCAAGAGAAGUGCGCCCAAGUCCACCACCUCCAUCAACGGAAGACGAAAGGCAGAAGAAACGAAUAAAGGCUCCAACAAGAAAGUCAAGUCGUCAAACGGCACGGCUGCCGAUAAAUCAAACGAUGAGGAUGCGAAACACGAUAGCGAUAGUGGACCUAGCACUUCGAAGAAAAUGACUGAUGAUGAGAAACGGAAAAAUUUCCUCGAACGUAACAGGGUUGCUGCUUUGAAGUGCCGCCAAAGAAAGAAGCAAUGGCUCGCGAACUUGCAAGCCAAGGUUGAAAUGUUCAGCCAGGAGAACGAAAACUUGUCUUCGACUGUUACAAAACUCCGAGAAGAGAUCGUUACCUUAAAGUCGGUCCUAUUGGCACAUAAAGAUUGCCCCGUCACCCAAGCCCAGGGCUUGAACGCUACUAUUAUGAUGAAUGGUCUUGGCAACGGAGACUACUUGCACCCUCAGCCUCACCCAUAUGCUAUUACCAUGCAACCAGGAGUUCCCGGCAUUCCAGCCCAAGCUAUGGCCCGAAGAUAA